AUGGUGCAGCUGGUGGGCGCAACUGUUCGAGUUGUCGACACUGGACCGCUGACCAUUGACGAGCUCGCUGGAAAUGUAGCGACCAAGAACGAUCGGAUCAGUAUUGCUUUGGUCAAGAUCGCCGAGCCAACCAGUGAGCCCUGGCUUACUUUACACUAUGAUGAAUGGAUGUGCGUGUUGAAGGGUCGAAUGGUAUUGCUUCAUGGUGAAGGCAGUCUGGAGGUGCGUGCCGGCCAGACGGUCUUCAUUGCGAAAGGAGAGCGCUUCAGACCCACCUUUCCCGAUGGGGACACGGAGUACGUGCCCGUUUGUCUUCCGGCAUUCCGACCUGAUCGUUGCAUUCGGGAGGAGACUGAGAGCGAUGUGAGCACAAAGCUGCAGGAGCUCCAUGGUGAAGCGGGCACAGGCAGCUCGGGUGGAUAUUUGAGUGCCAAUGAAGACCCAUCGCCCGAAGUGAUGUAUCAUAUGUGCCAAGCGUCCCUCUGGGAGGAAGCGCAGAAAUCCGGAGCGGCUUACUUUCCGCCGACCUUUGACAAGGAUGGCUUCACCCAUGCUACCGCUGUGCCAUCGAGACUGCUGGAUGUAGCGAACCAUUUCUACCAGGAUGUGCCUGGUGAUUGGAUUUGCCUUCGCUUCAGGCGCUCUGCCUUGCUCCGUUUGGGCAUCAUCACUCGAGAUGAGCAGGAUCGCUCGAUCAAUCGCGUUGUCAACCGCAAUGGCGUCCGCAGAUCGACCAGUUGA